CACACACACACACACAUAGUGGGCAGGUCAUUCUUUGUGGGAGGAUGUUCUGAGCCAGUGCUUUGAGACCUGCAUGUUAUGGAUGUGGAGCUCAGUGACCUGCACUGACCCUGCCAGCAGACUGUAUCUGCAUCAUUCUCUCUAUUUUCUUUUUGCAUGCCAGUGCCAUGGUUUUAUCAAAAAAAUAUUGUGCUGAGAAUGUCCAUCGUCCAAGCUGCAGACACACCCUGUGGCUAGGCGAGAUGUUUUUCCAAGCUUCUGCAUGGGGCUAGGAGCUCUAUAACCUUCACAAAAAAAACAACCUAGCGAGUUAUUCAGACCACCUCCAGGCCACCUUCAGACGUGGAAUUGCCUCAUCCCUAGGCAGUGUUAUCUACACAUCUUGCCUGAGAUGUACACAGUUUCCUUGUGGUUUCCUAAAUAAGUGACUCGUUCUGAGCUCUGGAGCAAGAAGGACUCGUGCCUCAUGGCAUGGGUCAAGCUGUUCAGGAAGCCAGGAAGCAAUGGCUUUGGACCCAGCGUAGGAGGCGUGGCAGGUCCAGGCUUGGGGAAAUCCUAUCAGCCAGGAAGCAUGAUCUCACUAGCUCUCACCAAGGGUCUGCUCAACGAACCAGGCCAGAACAGCUGCUUCCUGAACAGCGCAGUGCAGGUUCUCUGGCAGCUGGACGUCUUCAGGAGGAGUCUGAGACAACUCUCAGGUCAUUUCUGUCUCGGUGACUCCUGCAUCUUCUGCGCUUUAAAGAGUAUCUUCAGUCAGUUCCAGCAGAGUCGGGAGCGCGUCUUGCCCUCAGACUCGCUGCGUCACGCACUGGCCGAGACCUUUAAAGACGAGCAGCGAUUCCAGCUGGGCCUCAUGGACGACGCUGCCGAAUGUUUCGAAAACAUUCUGCAGAGGAUUCAUCUGCACUUGGUGUGUGAUUCGGGUGAAAACUGUACCUCCAGGUCCUGCAUCACGCACCAGAAGUUCGCCAUGACUCUGUACGAACAGUUUGUAUGUCGGAGUUGUGGGGCGUCGCUGGAUCCCCUGCCCUUCACCGAGCUGGUGCACUACGUGUCCACUACGGCCCUCUGUCAGCAGGUGGAGCGUGUGUUGGAGAGGACAGACAGAUUGCGCUCUGAUAUGUUCAGUGAACUGCUGCAGGCAGCAAACACCAUCGGAGAUCUGCGCAACUGCCCUAGUAACUGUGGGCAGAGCAUCAAGAUCCGGCGCGUGCUGAUGAACUGUCCCGAGAUCGUCACCAUCGGCUUCGUGUGGGACGCGGAACAGUCCGACCUGACCGAGGACGUGAUCCGCUGUCUCGGCCCUCACCUCAACCUGUCGGGGCUUUUCUACAGAGUCACUGAUGAAAAUGCUAAGAAGCGAGAGCUUCACCUGGUGGGAAUGAUCUGCUACUCCAACCGCCAUUACCUCGCCUUCGCCUACCACAGCAAGUCUUCCAAAUGGGUGUUCUUCGACGACGCCACAGUGAAAGAGAUUGGCUCUAAAUGGAAGGACGUUGCAUCAAAGUGCAUCCGAGGACAUUUCCAGCCACUUCUUCUGUUCUAUGCUAACCCAGACGGCAGCGCCGUGUCCAAUGAAGACGCCCCCCGACAGACCACCAUGUGCUCCCAGUACAAAUCUGCCCUCAAUGGGGAGGGGCCAGGCGAUGCCAUGAUCUCAGGGCUGAAGAGACUUGAUGGAGGGAGAGAGGCUGCAGCGUCACUGCGCAAUAAUCACAAACACACACUGCAGGCAGCGAGCCGACUGAAGUGUUAUCCCGACAGUCUGAGAGAGACGGGACACGGAGCCGAGAGAGUGAGACGAGACACUGAGCGAGGACAUCGCAGGGCGGACACACUCCAGCACCGAGACCUGACCUAUCCGGGGUGUCUGGCUCCGUCUGAGAACGGCCACCGCUCGCACCCUGACCAGAGGACGCCGAGGAUGUCCCGCCCGGACCGUUCGGAUCGCCCCGCCCCCCUCGUCAGCACGCUCGGAGGCUCGUGUGGGAAGCCCAAGCCGUCGUGGCGUCCCGUGCGUGAAGUCCUGAACGUGGACAGAGUCCUGAGCGACCUGGAGCACCGGAAACAGCAGCAGCAGGCUAACGGGAGCCCGCGCUGUAACCGCCGCCAGGAGCGGGCGCCGUCUGAGCGCAGGCCACGAGGACUCAUGACCAUCUACGAGGACGAGACGAGGCCGGAGACGGAGAGCCGCAGUUCUCAGGAGUCUCGGAGGGACGCGGCGGGCGGCAACAGGGCCGUCUCCGGAGCGGAUCACUGGACCAUCCAGAGGACGGAGUCGGGGUACGAGAGCAGCGACAGGCUGAGCAGCGGAUCCGCCAACGCCGACUCACCGGGAGUGGACAACCUGCUGGGGAAGGACACGCGCGGGACCGAGGCUCAGCAGCUCAGGGCUCCAGCGCACACACACGGACGUGUGGACGUUAAAAAUGAGGCGGUCCGCUCACCACUGAUUCACUCUAAACACGUGUUAAAGGUUCAGGGACGGAACUCUGAGAACCUGCUGAAAGGAAGCCCGAAUGUCAGGAGGAAGCAGAGAUACUCAUCCUCAGAGUGUAACAGCUCAGAUGACACGAGUAACGCGGCGUCCGAGCAGGAGGACAGCGCCUACCGCUCCAGCACCAGCGAGACCGCGCCUGCCGAGUCGUCCCUGUCCACGCCCGCUCCACCCUCACGCCCUAAACACGUCCAGCGGCCAGCCGAGGCCCGCAGAGAGCCGGCGUUCCGCCCUCGACUGCUCCAGACCCAGGCACGUGGGCCGGAGCCGGAGCGCGGGGACGAGGAGACGCGCGAGCCGGAGCAGGGCCGGAGUAAAGCCGGAGUCGCGCUCACCACCUAUUUCUCCGUGGACAACUGCAUGACGGACGCGUACAGACUGAAGUAUCACCACCAGAGGCCGCUGGUGCUCAGCAUGGCUCCGCCCCCCUCCGAUCACGCUAGGACCCGAGGGGACGCAGGUUCUAGCAUCAGUAAGUCCAUGGCUAAGUGGCACCCGGUGUCUCCCAAAGGUCUGGAUGAGCAGGGCUACCUGUAAAGGUGUGAGGAGGACAGGACCGUCCUCAUGGAUGCCAGUGCGUACUGUAUACACACACACACACACCAGCUGGGCACUGAACCUGAACACGCUGUAACACACAGCACGAGAAUCUUGAGCUGCAGAAAUACCAGUGUGUGUGUGUGUGUGUGUGUGUAAAAAGGGAAGAUGUUAAUUAUGCAGUUUAAAGCUGAAGGCCAAAGAGUUGUUGAGGAGAACAGAUCGUCAUGGAUCAGCUGGACAUUUCCAUGCUUUAUUGAUGAAAUUCAGACCCAGAAGAUUAAACGUAGACCAGGUUUAUUCAUGAACAAAAUGGUGAAGAGAAGUGUGUGUGUGUGUGUGGUCUGAAGUCAUCUACGGAGUGCCUUCUGUCUGUGUCGUCAUGCAGGAUAUCGGCACGACCCUUCGCGUGUAACGACUUCUCCACCACGAUGUCAUCGAUAUCGAUUUUUUCUGAAAUGUCUAUGCAUUCAUUUUUAUUCUUGGUUUAAUAAACUGGAUUAAA